GUAUGCCAUGCCAAAAUCCCCAUCCCAUGUGUCUGUCGUGUCGCGAUGACCCCCCCCCCCCCCCCUCCCAUAUCUUGACCUCCAAGGCGAUCCAAUCCUCCAAGAGCAAAUUCUUGGAUGCGGAAGCUCGGCAGUCGUUCUGCCCCACGAAGGCGCUGCCGUCAAGAUCCCGUUACGGUAUCGUUGGAGCGCGGACUCCGACGUGGAAGUGAACCUUUACAGCCUCCGACGCGAGCAAGAUAUCUAUCGUCGCUUGCACGGCGAUCCGGACGACCGCUGUAGCGGCAUCGUCCGUUGUCUCGAGGUUUCCACGGCGCCACUCAACUGGCUUACAUGGCGAACGGCGACCUUCGGGAUUAUCUCGACAAGCGCCGGCCGGCUCAGGAGCUGCAACUCACCUGGUUCCGGGAGAUGGCCCGCACCCUGUGCUACAUCCAUGACAGACGGGUGCUUGUUGCGGGCAUCGCCACUCGCAAUUUCCUUCUUGAUACCGAUCUGGCGGUCAAGAUCUGCGAUUUCUCCGAGGCGUCGCUCCUGCCACUGGAGUCCGAUAUGGAGACCGCGGAUGAUCAUGGAUACACCACGCAGAUCGACGUCGGCCUCCUGGGGACGGUUAUGUACGAAGUGAUGACCGCGACGAAGUGUGAGAUCGAUCUUUUCAAGCACAACGCCCCCACCGACGGCCGAGCGUAUUGGCCGGAGAGGAAGUCGCUGCCGAGCACCGAGGGCCUGUGGCUCGACUGGAUCGUCGAGGGCUGCUGGGACGGGGCAUUCCGCAGCGCGCACAGCCUCCAGCGAGCAUUGGAUUCGGUCGAUCUACGGCCUCCCUCUUCGGUCGAUUGACCGUGUAGGUACGCCGGCUCCCUUUCUUCUUGCUGUGAGUAUCAAGGAGUAUGCGAGAGAUCGGCCAAUCGCGACUGUCAUUGGGGUCUUGGGCUUGACGAUGUUCACUCUUAUGAUCGGCAGGAGAGUGUUGCCUGUGUCAUGAGCCUUCUCUUGGUUUUACAAGUUCUCUGGUAUCUGGAUAUAACAUCAUCGACAAAUACUCCGUAGGUCCGGAGUACGGAGUACAGUACUACAUAUGAAGUACACAGCCAGGGAUAGUCGUUACGGUGACGGUAGGGGAGAUCAAAAC